AUGACAGAACAACCGAUAAUUGUCCAAGAACUGCCAGAGAUCGAAUAUCAUCAGCCAUUGUCAUCACCCUAUGUGCUUCCAAUGGUGACUGUCAAUAUUGGAGACAAGAGCUAUGGCAUUCCCGGCCAAUAUCUGCGGAAAUGUCCACAACUAGACAGAGACUGGUCAUCAGAUCCUAACCUCACCCUUACUGAUGUGCACGAAGAUGCUGGCCAUACGUUCGCAAACUUCUUGUACACGGGAACCUACGAGACGACAAGAUCGACACUCGACCAUGGCACAUCGCGCGUGGCAACUGAAUUUAGAAGAAGCGUAUUGGUUUAUCAGGCGUCUAGAACAUACGGCCUUCCCAUACUCGAAGCGCUUGCAAGGAGGUAUCUCGAAUACUUUGGGGAAUCAAUUCCCAUAUUAGACAUAAUAAUAGCUGCGAGAGAAGUGUUUCCGAAACUUCCUGAUGACGAAACUUGGUUCCCGAGUUAUAUCAAAAGACGUCUCCAACAAUCGUUAGGGACCGGCGGUUUGAAAUUCAUUGUCAAGGAGCUUUCAAGUUGUAUUGCUGGCGAAGAGCGUUUUGGAUUCAUUAUUAUGAAGAUGAUGCUCGACAUACUUGCCGCCCGCUUGCAGCGGUUGGAUGAUGAGUUCAACGAAAAAGGAAAACAUCACGGGACACAGAAUAAUGAGGGGAUUGGGCUUGGAGACGUACAAGUCCCUGCCAUUGUGCACGAAGAGCGGGUUCCUCUUCCCAAUGACUAUUCCGCCCCUGAAGAGCCGGUUUCUGUUUGUGAUGCCUAUGCCGCACCUGAAGAGCCCGUUCCUGCCUCUGAAGUCUACCGUGCUCCUGAAGAGCCGGUCCCUGUUCCUGAAAAGCUGAUCCCUGUUCCUGAUAACUAUGCCGCACCUGAAGAGCCAGUUUCUCUUCCUGACGACUACCCUACUCCUGAAGAACCACCAGUAUAUGCUGCAGAAAGCCACCACGGUAGGGUGUCGUUAGCAGAUGUUAGUCUCUAUGAAAACUGGAAAAGCCUUUCGCCGAAAAAGAGGAAGAAGAGGAUUCAGAUCCUCGCAAAGAAGGGUCUUCCUGUCCCAAACAAAGACGGCAUCAUUACAGUUUUAGUGGGCUAG